AGUGAAACUGUGUAACCUUUGCUCCCUCUCAGGUCUUGGAUCAGUGUCCAAAAAGGAGCCAGACUUCUUUAAAAACCAUCCAACACAGCUCCAGAUUUCCUUCCUCCUCCUCCUCUUCCUCCUCAUCUUCUCAGCAGCAGAUCCCCGUGCUCCUUGCCAGCCUCGCCUACCCUAUCCGCCUGUGACGCCACCAUGGACCGCUCGACGCAGGAGCUGUUCCUCAAUUUUAUGGUCGUCUUAAUCACUGUGCUGCUGAUGUGGCUGCUGGUGAAAAGUUACCAAGACUGAGCCAUGGAGAGAGAAGUGACAAGAUGAAUGAGGGGGUAGAGGAGAAGGAGAGAUAAGUGCGGAGGGAGGCCAGCAUGGUUGCUGUU